GAGAAGGUGGGAAGUCGGGGCAAGGUCGCGAAGACCAGGAAGAAGCAACGCGAAUUAUCAUUUGUCGGCGCAUGGUUGACUAACAAAAAAUGCGAUUCAAUGGGAGGACCUUCUAGAGGUCAACAUUGCCUCAAGGUCCAACAUUGCCUCAAGGUCCACAUAGCCGGCGAAAUAGUACCUUUCAAGUUUCAACCGACGUUUUGUCAACGAGAAGAGAGCUAUAUAAGUUUUGCUGCGAGGAACUCUUCUAGCAGAAGACGCACGCAGAAAGAGAGAGAGAGAGAGAGAGGAUGUGGCCUUUUAGCAGGAAUGGGGCUUCUGGGUUCUCAUCUUCUUCCACGGCGGAGGAAGUCACAGAUGGAAUCGAUGGGUCUGGCCUCACUGCCAUCGUCACAGGAGCUACAAGCGGCAUUGGUGCAGAAACUGCACGUGUUCUUGCACUGCGCGGUGUCCAUGUUAUCAUGGGAGUCAGGAGAAUGACUGCUGCUUCAGACGUCAAAGAAGCAAUUGUUAAGGAAAUUCCCAAUGCUAAGAUUGAGGCAUUGGAGUUGGAUCUUAGCUCAUUGGCAUCUGUGAGGAAAUUCGCAUCAGACUUCAAUUCCUUGGGCGUCCCGCUGAACAUUCUAAUUAACAAUGCAGGAAUAAUGGGGAUUCCAUUCACGCUCUCAAAAGACAACAUAGAGAUGCAGUUUGCAACAAACUAUGUGGGACAUUUUCUUUUGACAAAUCUGUUGCUGGACACCAUGAAAAAAACAGCCCAUGAAAGUGGCAAGGAGGGAAGGAUUGUGAGUCUUUCAUCAUAUCUUCAUCGUAUGUCUUAUUCUGAAGGGAUCCGCUUUGAUAGAAUCAAUGAUGAAUCAGGAUAUAAGAGUCUAGCUGCAUAUGGGCAAUCAAAGCUGGCUUCUCUUUUGCAUGCUAAUGAGCUUGCAAGACGUUUAGAGGAAGACGGGGCAGAAGUGACUGCAAAUUCACUUCAUCCUGGAAUAGUUUCUACCAAUAUUAACCAGAGCAAAAGCCUUUUUUCUGGUCUUCUUCAUAUGGUUGGUAAAUUUGCAUUUAAAAAUGUUCAGCAGGGGGCAGCGACAACAUGCUAUCUGGCGCUGAAUCCACAGGUCAAGGGGGUGAGUGGCGAAUAUUUUGAGAAUUGCAACUCGGCUAAAACUAGCGCGCAGGCAAGGGACGCCGAACUGGCAAAGAAACUCUGGGACUUCAGCACGAACUUGGUUAAAUAAUGUAUGCUUAGCCCACAGAAAAUAGGAAUAACCAUGCUUAGAAGUGCAUUAAAUAAGGGGGAGAGUAGUGUUUUACAUUUUUGGCUAUUUUGUGCUGAGUGUUUGCAGUAUUGUUAGCGAGUGAGAAAUUGAUCAUGAUGUUCUUGAAUUAGAAUUAUAGGGAAUGCAGUACUAUUUGUUUGUAAAGUGGUUUUGGUUUUGUGUUAAUUUAGUAGCUUGAGAAUGAAGAGGAACUACAUAUGCCAAUUCUUGUUUGAUAUUGUUCCUAAAUGGCGAAAUGCUUCAUCAAUAUAUUAGAUUUCUGUUUGUUUA